AUGUCCGCUAAGCUCGAGCAUGAAGCUGCCUUUGAGGCCACCUUUCGAGGCUGGCUGUCCCGCCAGUUCACUACCCCAAAACUCUUACCAAGCACUCUUAAACGGACAGAAAAGACUGCAAUUAUCACUGGCAGCAACACUGGUCUUGGUUUCGAAGCAAGUCGACAGCUCCUCGAGCUAGGUCUUUCCCACCUUAUCAUGGCUGUUCGCUCCCAAGCCAAGGGCGAUGCAGCCGCUAGCGCUUUGCGAGCUGAAUUCCCCGACUCUACAGUAUCUGUCUGGAUCCUUGAUAUGGAGUCUUAUGAUUCUGUCGCGGCCUUUGCAACCCAAUGCGACACCCUUCCACGUAUCGACAUUGUCAUUCUGAACGCCGCGUUGAUCAAACCAUCGUUCAGCAGAGCAUCCACUGGCCAUGAGCUCACGAUGCAAGUGGCUUACCUUUCCACAGCGCUUCUUACAAUCUUACUACUACCAAUAUUGAAGCUAAAAAGGACCGGGGCUGAUACAAGACCCCCAGUCAUCACAGUUGUUGGAUCUGAUCUCGCAUAUCGUGCCGAUAUCCAGACGACGGGCCCAGUGCUGGAGCACUUAGACAAAGAUCAGGGUUACAGUCAAUUUGUAUGGUAUGCACGUUCCAAACUACUUCUCACCUUCUUCAUAUCAAAGCUUGCCGAGUCUGUCGACCCCAACCAUGUAGUGGUAAACAUGGUCAAUCCUGGGACCACGCGAGGAACGGCCUUUCUACGGGAAUUCUCACCACUCCUUGCGAGGCUUGCAGGAGCACUCCAGUACAUAUUUGCCAGACCUCCUGAUAUCGCGGCAACGACUUAUCUCGAUGCUUGCCUUGUGCGUGGUAUAGAGAGCCAUGGGUCAUUUAUCAGUGAUUGGACUAUUAAGCCAUACCCUGAUAUAUGGUAUAAAUCCCCGGGUAAAGACUUGAGGGAAAGGCUAUGGCAAGAGACAAUCCGUGAAUUUGAGCCUUUUGGUGUUUCAAAGAUCAUCGAGGAUAUGAAAUGCGGUCGAGGUGGAAUCGGCGAGGCACUGGUCAUGGAGUACAAACGCCUUUCGUUCCAUGCCAUCGCGACCAUUCUUCCCCACGAGUCGAGAAAUCAUCUAUCGCAGGCCGGAAUCACCUGCUUCCCUCUCAAUGUAACAGUUGAAGAGUCCGUCUCGGAGCUCAAGACCAAAGUUCAAGAACUCACCGGUGGGAGCUUGCACAUUCUCGUGAACUGCGCAGGAAUAGCAUACACGAUGACUGCUAUCGACACAGACGUGAUUUCUGUACAGCAUAUGUUUGAUGUCAAUGUCUUUGGACCGAUGCGCAUGGUGCAUCAUUUCCAUGACAUGGUUAUCGAGGGAUCUGGUACCAUCGUCAACAUUGGUUCCAUUGGGGGGACCAUACCAUUUGUUUAUGGCUCGUCGUAUAAUGCUUCUAAAGCGGCUCUGCAGCAUUGGUCUAAUACCCUGAGGAUCGAAAUGGCUCCAUUCAAGUAUCAAUUUGAGCAGCAUGUCCUGCGAAAGCCGAAAAAUGCCACCGACCGUUUGGAAUUAGCCGAGAACGUCGUCAAAGAGAGCCUGAAGAAACACCCGUCUGCUUGGUUUUGGUUCGGGAGCUUCAGCACCUUGACCAGAUUUCUUGACACGUUUGCUUGGCGAACCAUAUGGGACUCAAUCCUCUGGAGGAUGUUUGACAUGAAGAAGCUGCAACGGGCUCACGCAGCUAGGCUUCGGGAGGAGGAGACAGAAUGA